AUGUUCGCGAAGAUCCUUUCGCGGGAUCACAUACAGUUGUUCGAGUUCACCUGCCUGGAGGUGGGGGACCCUCCUAUAAUGGCCGUGGCACGUCUCUUGCAACUGACGUGGGCGUCGCUCCCAGCGUUGUCGACCCUAGCCUUACUCUACAAUAUCCCGAAGAACGCUAUGCGCCGCAUGAACCUGAGGAGGAACAAGAGCAAUAUUCUCCCGAAGCAAACGGGCAGAGAGCAUACCAUAGGAGGAUCCCCCACCCCCCAGGCAGGUGAACUCGAGCAAAAACAAAUCACCGAUGAAAUAGAGUACACCAACCAGCGAGCUGAGCCACUCGCCCGUGAGAAGGACCCGGCACGCCUGUUCCGAUACUUCUGUUCCAUCUUUGACGCUUCGAAAUUCAACUAUGUCUUUUUUUGGGCAGCGGCCAAAGUCGAUUAUUCACGAUCCACUGCCCGAGGACAGUGGUAUAUGAAGCAAGUCUGGGCCAAUGUCGCUGUCCAAGUAAACCUAUACUUGGACAUCGACCCGGAGACGCAAUCUCAAUUAUCAACCCGCUUCUGGAAUGAAAUUGUGGAGUGGUAG